CAAAACCCUCGCAUUGUAACGUUGAGUGAGAGAGAUGUGGAGAUUCAGAGCUGGUGCUCUUCUCUUCAGAUGGUCAAGCCGUUUAGCUCCUUCGCUUCAAAACGUGGUACCAUUGAAAGCCCCAAUUGUAAUUCGAUUUGCAUCUCCACAUUUCUCAAAUUCGGUCUCCAAAACCAAACCCCUUUAUCAAAGCCCUAGGUUUUUCUCUCUUGAUUCAGCCUCUAAUAGUCCUGAUUCAAGUGACGAAGCUCAUGAUUCAUUAGGUGCUUCUUCACCUACAGAAAGAGAUGGUGUUCUUAAUGAAAAAAAUGGUUUUGUUUCGCAAGAUUCAGAGUCUUCUUCAGUCCUUUUUGCAGAUAAGGCUAGUUUUGUUUCUCAUGAAUUGGAUGCUUCUUCGGAAAUCUUCGAAAAUGCUACCGAUAAAGAGGUUGUUCAAGGUGAAGACCAAGGCUUUUCAUCGUGUGAGACUGCUGAUGGUGAUGAUCGAGUAAGCAGUUUUGCCUCAGAAGAAUCUAUAGAAGAAACCACGGUCGAAAUACCCGAGAUUGAUCUGGAACAACUCGAGAAUGUUGUAUCUGUUCUUCAAAGUACUUUGGAGGAGCCUUUAGAAUCAAGCCUGGAGAAGAUGGAUUUGACGGUAAAUGAGGAGUUCGUUGUCAGGGUACUCCAGACGCCACUUAUGGUGGGUGAGAAUUUAAUUGGGUUUUUCAAAUGGGCCUGGAAAAAACCUGAAUUUUCUAUCGGUACUCGGGUUGUUGAUACCCUUGUUCGAGUGGUCAGUGCUAGUGUGAGGAAGAAAGAUGCCUACGCUUUAUGGGAUUUGGUCAAGGAGAUUGGAGAGAAGGAGAAUGCUUUAUUAAGCACUGAUAUUCUUAAUGAGUUGAUCCAUCUGUUCCGGAAGUUGGGCAAGGGAAAGGCUGGUCUAGAAGUUUUUAACAAGUUUGAAGAAUUUGGUUGUGAUCCAAAUGCAGAUUCUUACUAUUUUACUAUUAACGCACUUUGUUGUCGGUCAUUCUACGAUUGGGCCUGGUCUGUCUGUGAGGAGAUGCUCAGCACUGGAAACUUACCUGAUUCUGAGAAGGUUGGUAAGACCAUAUGUUGUUUCUGCAAAGGAAGUAGGGCUAAAGAUGCACAUUUGGUUUAUCUGAUGGCAAAGGAGAAGAACAAGUACCCACCUCGAUCUUCUGUUAAUUUUCUGAUCAAUUCUCUAUGUGGAGAGGAUGAAACUGUUCAGUUAGCGGCUGAGUUGCUACAUGAUUUUUCAGGAGAAGCACGUAGGUACGCAAUUAAGCCAUUUUCAUCUGUUGUUCGUGGUCUAUGUAGGAUAAAAGAUGUGAAAGCAGCAAAGGACUUGCUAUUUAAGAUGAUUGAUGAAGGCCCACCUCCUGGGAAUGCAGUGUUCAAUUCACUCAUCAGUGUGCUUUCUAGAGCUGGGGACAUGGAUGAGGCCAUGGAGCUGUUGAAAGUGAUGGAGAGUAGGGGUCUAAGACCUGAUGUGUACACUUAUAAUGUGAUUAUGAGUGGUUAUGCACAGGGUGGUCAUAUGAAAGAAGCAUGUAGAGUUCUAUCAGAAGCGAAAAAGAAGCAUUCCAAGCUCACCCCUAUUACUUACCAUAUACUAAUUCGUGGGUAUUGCAAACUUGAGGAAUUUGAUAAGGCUCUGAAGUUGCUGAGUGAGAUGAAGAAAUUUGGUGUCCAGCCAAAUUUUGAUGAGUAUAAUAAGUUGAUUCAGUCUCUUUGCCUCAAGGCUUUAGACUGGAAGACAUCAGAGAAACUCUUAGAAGAAAUGAAACAUAAUGGCUUGUUUCUUAGUGGGAACAUUAGGGGUCUUAUAAGGGCAACAAAGGAAUUAGUAGAGGAGGAAUUGCAAGCAAGAGAUGUUGGUGCUGAUGCGUAGAUCAUCCAUGGGUUGUUUGGUGCAGUUUCACGAUCACAAUCAGUUUUUUUAUAUCAUUUUUUUAGCUUAUGGAGAGGAUCUUUGCGUGUAAUUUUCCUAUAAAGAAUGCAUUUUUCCCA